CUAGCACCUUUCAUCUUUCUUCUUAUUCCUUGACCUAAUAGUUUGUGAGCUGGUCUCCUUGUUUUUAGUCACCGUCUAGUCCAUUCACAUUAUUCCUUGACCUUUCUUCAGUUUCAGAAGCUUUGUUCAUGAGAACGAUGAAGUGGCUUCUAAGAAGUAGCUGUCCUGCUCUCAGCACUUCUCUCAGUCUCAAGAUGAACCUCGGAGGUGGAGCCUUCCGACCUUUCGCGACGACUACUACUGCUACUAAUAUUAAGGGUAGGUUAAACGUGCUUUUGUUAUACCGUUUGCUAUGGCUCUCCUAGUCCUAUGGGGGACAGCCGUAACAAGCGGGAUAAACGAACACCAAAAAGCGACCUCUAAUGCUACUACUACUACUACUGGCAUCAGCACAGCCUCCAACAUGCUCCAGCCGAUGAAGGAAAAGGAGGUGCCCAACCGAGCAGGAGGACCCCUGCUCUUAAUCUUAAGGCUCAGCUUUCAUUGGUCUUGGUCAUUGAGGGUGCUGACUGAGAUCGAAGAGGCGACCUCCUGUUGAGAGUACUAGAACAGGGGAACAAAAGGAAGGGGAAACAAGUGGAGAGGUGUGGGGCCUUUCCCGUUCAGAGUCAGUGACCAACGACAACGACUGCUGGCCUUUAAUAAUCGGACCACCUGGAGGAGGCAAGGGGACAAUAGCGAAGAUGCUUCGAAAAGAAUUUCCAGCUAUCAUCUUAAGGCGGGAGGUAACGAUAAAAAUUCAGCUUGAUGUUCUUUCAUGUUGAAGAGAUCGAUGAGCCCAGGAUAUGAACUAUCGAUUUAUCGUGGGCUGCUCUAAUUAUAGGACCCUACAUUUCAGCUGGGGAUGCCCUGAGGGCUGCUUUGGAACUAGACGCUGACCGCAAUAGUGCUGCUAGGGAUGUAAUGCGUAAUGGAGGACUGCUGCCAGCUGAGACGGUGCACUCGAUAGUGCUAGACAGACUGAACAAUAACGAACAGGAUGUCGUCGAUGUUGCCAAACAAGAACAUGUAUGAUGCUACUCAUUGAGAACGAAGAUUCGGGAAUGUUCUCUAAGUAGUAAGAUUGCAAAGGGGGUGGAAUGACAUUCCCCUAUCGACAUUCUCAAUGAGUGGAAGUAUUCAGAGCAGCAGGCUACGUUGCCCCUUUUAGACGGGUAUCCUCGUACGACAGAACAAGCGGAAUUCUUGGAUAGAGAUGGGUUAGAGCCGAUUGGCGCGAUCUUUCUUGACGUACCAGAAGACGAAAUAGUAGAAAGGAUAUCUUCGCGACUUAUACACGCACCAAGCGGACGGACUUAUAUUAUGGGCUACUUGGUGUGGAUCAUAACGGUAAAAAUCAGGAUCAUACGUCGAUGAGAAAUUAAUAUUAAUGCUAUGACGCCUGUAGGCAGUCUGCACUGAAUUUUGUGCGAGAUUAAUUGUAUUCCGUUGUAUAGUUGCACUCGUCACGAAGGCGCCUUUCUGUGUCUUUAUAUUGUCAUCAUAGUGCCAUCUACACCGUGGAGGAUGUAUCAACCCGUUCUGGAAUCCUCCACGCGUAGAAAGAAGGACCAGGCGUUGUUAGCAUCCCUCGCGCACGACCCGCGUCGACACGCCCCGUCCACAUGCGUGAGCCACUGCAGGCUCGCGGUGAUGGCAAGGUCGUGUCCGCGAGUUUGCGCGCGAACGUACGGCAGCCUCCAGACCUGCGGCUGGGAGUGUGGAGGAGGCGUUCGGGAUCCUUCGACUUGUCCCUACCUGAGUCUUGCUUGCCCGCCGCCGCAGGCGCCUCGCCUAGCUGCCUCGUAGCCUGCUUCGGAUUUAUAUUGUCAUCACUACCUCCAUCUCUAAUCCCAACCCGUUCUGGAAUCCUCCGCGCGUAGAAGGACUAGAUGAUGAGACUGGCGAGAAAUUGACGCGUCGAGCGGACGAUGACCCUACUGUCGUGCGCAACCGCCUACGACUCUUCCAUUCUCAGACCUUUCGUCCACUUUGGGAUUAUUACUUAGCGAAAAACACUGGCAAAGUGAAGGAAGAUCAACAGAGGAGAAAUAAUGCGGUCACUAAGAACAACAUUACUUCUCCUUGUUGGGUCUUUUCUGGGGAUUCUAUUGCCGGAGGUGAAGAGCUUAUCAGUAGCGGACGUCGGAGCGAAGCCAUAUUCCAAGAAAUCAAAGGGAAUGAAGAGCUGAUGAAAAUUCUCACAUUGGGAGUUGAUGGGCGGAAAAAACGACCUCUAUUAACCGAUGAAGCUAGAAGACAACGAACAAUCGAUAUUCAAUCAAAGCUUUAAGAAAUAUGAACAUGAAGAAAAACUCGAUGUUUCAUGAAUUUUGUUACGCGCCUGUGUGCACGUUGAUGUUGUCGUUUCAUCACCAUCCUAUCUCGAUCGAUGUUUCGGUCCUUGUUUCCAUUAAGAAAAAUACUCUCAGAAUGAAACGUCUGUAGUUUUGCAGAGCUCUCUCGGAC